UUUGUACAUUUGAGGGUUUCCUUCUGUGUUUUUGAGAGAAUCUAGGCUGAUUUGUGUAGUAUCGAGUCUCCGUGUUUGUGCCAUAGGUAUUACCAUGGCUGAAGACAGCGACACGCUUGACUGCUGGGACGCUUACACUGACUCUGAGGAUGAUCAGCCUCCGUCUAAUGUUGAUGUGAGUUCUCUGUCUGCUAAACUCCAGGCUCAAAAGCUGAGCGAGUCUGCUGAUCGCGAUUUUGUAGAUGAUUUGUUUGGCGUACCAAGCAGGUCUGGUGGUAACGCCAUUGACCACGGUAACGACGUGUUUUCGCAGAAUCCAAUAACUGCCGUCAUUCCUACGGACCCCCUUUCACAUGUGAGUCUGAAAUGCCUAAAGGACUGUGACGAAGUAGCUAAGAAACUAUCGCAGAAGAUAGAGCAGAGCUCAGCUAAGAGUGCGAUUUGGCUGCAGUUUCUGGAUACCUUGUUCCAAUCGUGCGAGAAGAAAUUGGAGCUUAGGGAUCUGCAGACUUUGAAGAGGAAGGUUGAGUCUGCCAUCAAGUCCAAGGAAGCUAAGCAGAGCCAGGCCACCUUUUCUAAGAAGAAGCCUAAUGACGUGACUAGUGCUAAGAACUACCAGGACGAGUUAGAUAUGCUAUACGGUGAUUUGAGUGACGACGACGAUGAACCGUUGUACUAUCAAUAAUUGAACC